CAAAAUAAGGUCUGUGAUUGUCUAUUUGGCAGCACUAUAUGGACUGGCAGCCUGCAGGAAGCUUUGCAUAUGCUCUUUAUGCAUCAAAAGGCUGCCUCCAUGCCUGCAUAUUAAAUAUGAGCACCUGUUUUGAGGCCCCUGGGAGCAACAUCAAAUAGGCAGCGUGGCUGCGAUGACUCUCUUCUAUCCACUGGACACUGCACGGCUCAGGCUGCAAGUGGAUGACCAGAGGAAGUCCCGUUCAACCCCGGCCGUACUGCUGGAGAUUAUGCGAGAGGAGGGGAUACUGGCUCCAUAUCGAGGAUGGUUCUUUGUGAUCUCCACUCUCUGCUGCUCCAACUUUGUUUAUUUCUACACUUUUAACAGCUUGAAAGAGCUGUCGAUAAAGGGAAGCGUUCCAACCACGGGCAAGGACCUUACCAUUGGCUUCAUUGCUGGGGUUGUAAAUGUGCUGCUAACAACACCGCUCUGGGUGGUGAAUACGAGGCUGAAGCUGCAGGGGGCCAAGUUCCGCAGUGAUGAUAUUGUCCCGACGACGUAUACAGGAAUAUCCGAUGCCUUUCAAAGGAUCCUGCGGGAAGAGGGAAUCAUGGCUCUCUGGAAUGGGACCUUCCCUUCUCUCCUGCUAGUCUUUAACCCAGCCAUCCAGUUCAUGUUCUAUGAAGCAUUAAAGCGUCAACUCCUGAAAGGCCAGACAGAGCUGACAGCAAUGGAGGUGUUUGUGAUUGGUGCUAUUGCGAAGGCCAUUGCCACAGCAGUGACAUACCCACUGCAGACUGUACAGUCAGUACUGAGGUUUGGACAGGAGAAACUAAAUCCAGAGAAGCGGCCUCUAGGAAGUUUACACAGGGUCAUCUAUCUCCUUCAGCAAAGGGUCAAGCGCUGGGGAAUAUUUGGUCUGUACAAAGGACUAGAAGCAAAGCUUUUACAGACUGUCCUAACUGCUGCACUCAUGUUCCUGGUGUACGAGAAACUGACCAGCUUCACAUUCAGGAUUAUGGGCUUAAAAGGCUGAUAUGGACUCGGAUUCUGUUGGUGGAAAAACUGUGCUCCUAUUUUGUAAUGUAAUAUGUGGGUUUCCCUGAAAUGAGCUCCUGUGACACGAAGGAUCUAUAUUUGACGAAUCCUUGUCUUCCCAAACAAUUGCCAAAAAUAUAUUUAUUGACCGUAAUGCAAUCCUCUGCCAGUGCUGAACUUGGGCAUGUGAUCUUUUAUUUGCAAUACUCCAUUUCACAUAGUGAUAGUGGGGGAGACAAUGAUAUAUGCAAGCAAUGUCUUUUAAAAUUCACGUACAAUAAACCAUUUAGGUAUUAUGGGA